AAAAACAAAAAAGUUUAGUUUUUGAAGUAUCAAAGGACACUCUUGAUAGAAUCCCACGCACAAAUCAGCCUUAACGCCAUUUCAUUUAUUUAAAUUUUCUCGGCAAGCAAACAGUGGAUAUUUAUGUCGUCUAAGUCCGAUCUGUUUAAUACUGGGGCUGUCAACAAGCUCUGGUUUUUCACUCGAUCUUGUUGCUUCUUCUUCUUCUUCUUCAACUUGGGCGACCAAUUUUGGACUAUUGAAAAGAGCAAGUCACAGAGGUUUUCCAGUUUCUCUAUGCAAUCCAGGUCAAAAAAGGAUUCUUCUUGGGUUGAGUGCAUUGAGGCUUGUUUAAGAAUACCUCAUAAUUAUCAUUGUUAUUAUUCUUAUUCAAUUUUGGGUUUGAGGAUUUUGAGUUUUUCUUGAAAUCAAAGAAGUCAAUUUUCCGAAAGUUUUUCCUUUCCUAUUUCAAUUUAAGCGGGGAUUCAAGAUCUUAUUAUUUCCUUGUUAAAGUUUAAGUCUCCCAUUAUAUAAUGCCAGGCCUUCAAAAGCAAAAUUUUUCGAAUCAAGAGAUGAAUUUUAGCAAAACAAAGCCAAAAAGAGAAGAAAAUUCGUUUUCAAUGAGGAAGCUUCGCAUAAUCUACCAUGAUCCCGAGGCCACAGAUUCCUCAAGUGAAGAAGAUGAUGAUUACCAUCACAGAAGAACUCAAUUUCUUGGUGUUAAGCGAUGUGUUACUGAGAUUUCUCUUCCGGGUUUGCCACAAGAAAUCAGCAGAGAAAAUUCUUUGCAGCAGAAUGUUGUAGAAGGCAAAACUGGUGAUGUUACUAAGUCUGAAGAAAAUAAGAAAAUUCAUAAGUCGUCAACGGUAUACAAAGGUGUUCGGCGAAGGCCUUGGGGGAGGUAUUCAGCAGAGAUCAGGGAUCCUUUCAGACGGGUACGAGUUUGGCUUGGAACUUAUAACACUGCAGAGGAGGCUGCCAUGGCUUAUCAGAAUAAGAAGCUAGAGUUUGAAAGCAUGAUUGAAUUGGAAAAGACUAAGAACUUGUCAACUGAGGAUGUGGUUUCUCGUCCAUCAGCAUUGUCUGUGCUGGAUGUAACAGCUUCAGCUUCACUGGCUGAAACAUUUGCAGAUCGAAUCAAAGAAGCAAAUGGCUUCGAGGAUAAGAAGCUUGAGUUUGAGAGAAUGAUUGAAUUGGAGAAGACUAAGAAUUUGUCAACUGAGGAUGUGUUUUCUCAUCCAUCACCAUUGUCUGUGCUGGAUGUAACAGCUUCAGCUUCACUGGCUGACACGUUUGGAGAUCGAAUCAAAGAAGUGAAUGGCUCAGAGGACAAGAAGCUUGAGUUUGAGAGUAUGAUUGAAUUGGAGAAAAAUAGGAAUUUGUCAACUGAUGAUGUGUUUUCUCAUCCAUCACCAUUGUCUGUGCUGGAUGUAACAGCUUCAGCUUCACUGGCUAACGCAUUUGGAGAUCGAAUCAAAGACGAAAGCGGCUUCGAGGAGGAGUUUAUGAAAGAAUGCAACAUGGAGAAGGCUGCCAGCAGACAAAGCAAUUAUGAAGAUGAGCAAUCUGUUUCAUAUCUGUUGGAAGUGCCAGGCUUAUCACCAUCAGCCAGUGAAGAUCUGGGUAAUUAUGCUUUUGAGGACAUGUUCAGGGAAUUCCAGCAUGGUUAUGGCCAAUUCAACAUUGAAGAUUCUGCUUGUGUGUUGGGAGAUUUGGGAAAUGGUGCGGUGAUUAAUCAUUUAUCUGAUAUUGAGCCUUGCCCAGACGACUUUGCUUGGGCUGAUGGAAUUCUAAAUUUUUCAUGCUGAUAAAUUUUUGCAGUUAGGAAUAUGAAUGAAGUAAAUGUGGCUGCUUCAAAGUUCUUGAGAGUUUUGUCAUAUUGAGUGAAUCAGAGAGUUGAGUUUUGUGUCUCCUUGGAAUCUUCAAGAUUUUGCAACUCCUUGUACCUGAGUUAAAGUUUUGAUAUAUACUUCAAUAGUUCUGUUACCAACAUUUCUAAUGUUACUUGAUCAGCUAGGGAUCUUUUAGGUAUCUUAGCCUCCUCGGACUUGAAUUUAUAUUCGGUUCAAAAGAGCUAAAUUUGAAUUGAAGGUCUACCCUAGCUGGAGUUCGAGGGCUGGCUUCUUUUUUGAUUAUUUUUUGUUGUUCAUGACUUAUUGUCUUCUUCAUUGUCAUCACUAUUCACCAAUCAACUGAACGCUUCAAUUUGAAUUGAUCA